AUGCGCCAGAUCGCGCGCACCGACCACCACAGAAGCCACCGCCGGCCGCCAACGACCACUGGAUCCCGCCGCCCACGCGGCUCGAACGCGAGAUCCACCGCCCGCACGACUGCUAGCUUGUCGUGCCUCGUCCAUGAAGCCGCCGCUCCAGAUCCGGAGUUCCCCACGCAGAGGCAGGGCAUGGAUGAAAGUAACGAAAAUCCAGCUAUCAUUCAAUCAUACUUCGACAAAAGGAUUGUUGGUUGCCCAGGUGAUGAAGGAGAGGAUGAGCAUGAUGUUGUGUGGUUUUGGUUGGAGAAAGGCAAGCCACACAAAUGCCCAGUCUGCACUCAGUAUUUCAAGCUUGAGGUUAUUGGGAACGGAGGAAACCCUGAUGGACAUGAUGAGGACGACCACCACCACCAUUAAGGGCAUGCCUACUGAUGAAACAGUGGACCUGUGCCAACUUUUUUUCUUGCUGAGAUGCUUUGAAGCUGUGAAAACAUCAGCUUUUUUGCGUGCCCGUAGAGUUUAAUACCCAUGCCAAUCAGUUUGCUUUACUCAGUUGUCAUGACUGGGAAAUAGUAACAGCAAAGGGCCCUGGAAAACAUAGUUUUUCUGUCUGGAAAAUUACGCACACACGAAUAAUGCGAUUCAUU